UCAGUUCAAAGGCAUAACUUGCAAAAUUGAUUAAUUCCUCCCAAAAAUUGAAGUUCAUUUUCUUUCUUUCUUUUUUUAGCCACUUACUAUUAAGUGGUUUUUUUUAAGUUUUUUUAAUUUUUUUUCCAAAGAAAGGUGGUUGUUCUAAUUUCUAGUUCAUUUCAAGGAAUCAAGAAUCAUGGGAAAUUGCAUUAGGUCAAGUUCAAGAAAGCAACAUGAAGAGGAUGAGAUUGAACAAGAACAAAUUCAAGAUUAUUUUGGUGAAAAAAAUAGUAAUAAUGAUUUCAAUAAGGGUAGUGGUGUUAAGGUUAAGAUAGUGCUUACAAAGGAGGAAUUAGAAUGGUUGAUGUUUAAGAUCGAGGGUAAUAUUGAACAAGGAAAGAAAUUAGAGGAUUUUUUGCAAGAAAUUGAAAGAGAAAGGGUGAAAGGCAAACUUAAAGCAUGGAAGCCUUGUUUAGAAAGUAUCAAGGAGAGCCCUGAAAUGGAGAGAUGAAUUUAUUAUCACCCCUACAGUUUUAGUAUUUUUUAAUCAUAUGUCCUCUUUUAUUGAGGUUUUUUGGUUUGGGAAUUAUCUUUGAGAAUUACCCAAAUUUUAGAAAUUCACAUUUGAUGCAGUUUCUAUUGAACUGAUAUUUGCAUUGAUUUUUCUCUUCCUGAUCUAAUAUUAUAUAUUUGUAAAAUUUAAUAUUUGAUACUUAAUAAUUAGGAAGAUGCUAUAUUUACAAUAGAGACUGAUUUAGUUUUAAACAGUGUGAAGCAUAUGCGCCAAUUUAGCUCUAUAAAAGUAAUUAAGGUUAUGGCUUCUGCUAAUAUGCCAUAAAGAACAUAUUCCUCAAGUUAAUUGAAAAGUAAGGUUUGUAUUGUAUUUUAAAUUACAUGUGUUUUGUGUUUAAUGUUUUUAUGUUUAGUCUCUCUUUUUUACUCUAUCA